AAUGACAAAAAGUGCUCGCACGGAUGAAGGGAGAACACUGUGACUAUUAGAAUAGAUCUAGAUCACAAGGUCUAAAUUAGACGACUCGAAAUCAAGAUUGACAGCUUGGUAAGCCUACACUAAAAUUAAAUAAACGGACUCAUACAGACAUAUAUGUCACUUAGAUCUAUAUUUCUAGUAUUAGUAGUAUAGAUCUCUACUAUAGAACACUCCAAGAUCUUCACUUAGUCAAGUUAGUCCUGACAACAGUACAGGUACUUAAAAAUGAACAGAUCAUCUGGUUUAUUGAAUACAUCAAGACAUAAAAACACUGACACAGACAAAUAUCAUGAAAAAGAAACUUGUAACAAAAAUGUGGCAGUCAAAGACAAUACAAUAAUUAAUGGAGACAUCAAUGAACAAGUCAAGAAAGUGGAAUUGAAGAAAUCCAUUAGUUUUUUUGGAAUAGUCGCUAUUGCUAUUGCCAAUAUAGGAGGCACUGGUAUUUUCAUUGCUCCAACAACGAUUCUCAAAUUCUGUGGGUCACCUGGUUUGGCCAUGAUUAUGUGGACAGCUGGUGGCUUCAUGCAGGCUAGCAUGGCAACAUGUGUGAUGGAGGUUGCUCUGAUGUUUCACAAAGCUGGAGGGCCGUAUUAUUUUGUCUAUCAGACUUUUGGGGAUUUACCAGGGUUUGUUUUUAUGUGGGGAUAUUUGAUAUUCCUUGCUGCACCGUCAUGGGCACUGGGAGCAUAUACAACAAGCUUGUACAGUUUGUCAAUGGUAUACAAAGACUGCAGCCCACCUGAGGAGCUCGUGAAAUUACUUGCUGCCUGGAUAAUGAUUUCAGUCAUUGCUAUCAAUUGCACGUACAUGAAAGUCAUAACUGUGAUUCAGAAGUUUCUCACUUCUUGCAAGGUGAUAGCACUUAUCAUCAUCAUUAUUCUCGGAUUAAUGCAAGUUCCAACAGAUAUAGGCCAGGAACAUAUCUAUCACUUCAUGGAUGGUACCAAUAAAGAUGUUGGACACAUAGCUUUGGCUUUGUUUGCAGCAUUCUAUGGAUUUGGUGGCUGGCCAAUUAUCACAAUUUUAACAGAGGAGGUGAAGAAACCAGAAAGAGAUUUACCUCGAGGUCUUGGCUUUAGCUUUCUUUUCCUUAUAACUACAAUGGUGGCCGCUAAUUUUGCUUACUUUACUGUCUUAUCCAAAGAGGAUGCUUUGAAAUCUGAUGCUGUUGCCAUGUUGUUUGCACGAAUGAUUCACCCAGUGCUGCCUUUUGUGUUGGUUGUGCUCAUUUGUUUGUGUUCCAUUGGCACAUUGAAUGUUCUUAUUCUUAGUCAAUCAAGAAUGAUAUUUGCUGCAGGCAGAAAUGGUCACAUGCCCAGAUUUAUGACAAUGUUACACAAAAAGUUUCAUACACCUUGGCCUGCAACAUUUGCACUGGGAUCUUUAGCCAUUGUGAUGCUGUUAACAGCAGAAAGUAUAGAAUCUUUGAUUUCAGUUGUCAGUCUUUACACAGGUCUCAUGAUCCUUAUUUUGUUGCUGUGUUUUUUUACCUUACGAUGGAAAUCCCCAACAAUACACCGUCCUUUAAGAGUGCCAUUGAUAUUACCAAUUCUAGCAACAAUCCUGACUGUGUUUUUGAUAGUUGUAUCAGUUAAGGAAAAAACUCAAGAACUUGGUUUUGUAGCUCUAGUUGUUUUCCUUGGAGUUCCAGUAUAUUUUAUAUGCAUUAGUUGGCAAAAACCUGCCAACUUUUUCAGACAUAUUGAUACAGUGGGCAGAUAUCUACAAUUGUCCUUAAAUCUUCAUUAUGAAAAUGCCAUUUAAAGACGUGUAUCAGCUGAGAAGUUUUAUCAAAACAAGUAAAGACCUAAUGGACAAAUCGUUAAUUAACUUGAUGGUUUUUUUUUUGUUCAGUGGAGCUGUUAUUGUUUCAAUAUACUCUGUUGAUUUAAAAAAAAAAUGGGUUCAAUUCGCAUUUAUUAUUUUUUACAUUUUGCAUUUUUUUUU